AAAUCCAAUCAGGUAUGUUUAAAAUUACAAAAGCCUUAAAAUUAAUGUUUCAUUGUAAUUGUUCUAGGUUAAACACGUGAAAGGCAUCUGAUAUUUACUUUUCAUUCGUUUUUCAUCUGUUAAAAAGCUUUGAUUCACUAUUUUUAUAUUAAUUUAUCCUCUAUGUGUAAUAUUCAAUUUUUUCCAUGAAGCAGAAGCAAACAACAUGGCUCGACGAUGCAAGUUGCGGAAAGGGAAUUCCAUCAAUAUUAACUUAGAAAAUGAGACUGAAAAUAAUGUUAACCAGAACUUUCAAGAAACUCAAGAGUUAUACCAAAAUCAGGCUUCAAAUUUUCAAGGGAAUACUAGUCAGAAGACAAUGAGGUAUCAUUAUGAAGGUCAUUUUAUAUUUUCACCAAAUAGAAUAUAUGAAAAUGGUAGGUUCAUGGAGAAACCUAAUUUUGAUGUUGAUUUCAUCUCAUUUUUUGAUAUAUUGGAUGACUUGAAAAAGGAUUGUGGAUUUGAUGUUAUAAAAGGAGAUAAAUUUUAUUACUUGAAGGCUGAUAAAUCUCUUAGUGAUCUUGAUGCAUUGAUAGAGGUUAAAGAUGAUACAGAUGUGAAAAAUAUGAUGGAUAGUUAUAAGAAGUUCCUUUCGAAACCCAUUGAUAUAUACACUCUAUUUCGAGAUUAUGAUAUUUUACCAAAUGGACUUGGUGACGAGCUACCCGCAGUUACUGUUGAUCACACUUCUAAUCAACUUCAAAAUCCAAAUGCAACUGCAGCAACAGGUUCCAAUAUAAUUAAAAGAAAAACUAGAGGACCAACACGAUGCUUGAAAAUCACACAAUUGGAGAAUGGACAAAAAUUGCCAGUAGAAUUUGAUGAAGAUGAUCAAGCUAUUGGUGAUAAUGCUACUGCAUUUGUUUGGUUUUUAGGACAAAUUAUUAGAAGUGUGUCGUGUUGUCCAUUGCAAGUGAAACAAUGGAAUAAGAUUACCGAUGAUAAGCUCGACCUUAUGUGGUCUACCAUAUUAGUACGAAAAUUUAUAUUAAAUUACAUCCAUUAUAAAAUGAUUAUAAUUUUUUUAGUUCUAUUAAGUAUCAUAAUAUUUAUUUCUUACUUCUUUGCUAAAAGGAAAGUUCACUUUUGAGUAUUCUGAUGCAAGAAAGGGAGCAAUUUUCGGUCAUAUGAAUGCAUUAUAUAGGAAUUAUAGGCAUAAGUUGAAGAAGAAGUACUUUGAUUCAAAGGCAACUUAUU